AACCAACAACGAGCGACGGACAGGAUGGGACCGGACCGUUAAUGUAGUGACACAACAUGGCGGCGCCCUACAUAAAGUAAACAUUUCCAGAAAGGAUAUUAAAAAUGCGAUAUAAAUAACUGAUAACUUUUCGCGAACGUGUCAUAACAUCAGUUACACGCAAAAGUGGAGGACUUUGAGAACCCGCACGCGUAUAUCGACUACAAGCAAACCAUGGAACAGGUGUAUUCAACCGACAUAAAAGAGGAAAGUGGACUCACCGACAGACCCCAACGAUCUUCUCACUUAAGGGCAGACUUCCACUUGGAGCAAAUAAGCAGACAGGACAGCGACGAGAAGCUGAAGGAGACGACAGCAGAGUCGGAUGAGAAACAGAGCACCUUUAGCCUCUUCUGCGAUGAGCGCGGUUACCUGAACCAAGUGGAGAUGAUCCUGAAACACGGCCGCAAGAAGGGAGACCGGACCGGGACCGGCGUCAUCUCGGUGUUUGGUGCCCAGGCCCGAUAUAGUCUUCGAGAUCAGUUUCCUCUGCUGACCACCAAGAGAGUGUUUUGGAGAGGAAUUGUUGAAGAGUUGCUUUGGUUCAUCAAAGGAUCGACAAAUUCCAAUGAGCUCUCUGAGAAAGGGGUGAAGAUUUGGGAUGCCAAUGGCUGCCGGAGCUUUCUGGACAAGUGCGGCUUCACUGACCGAGAGGAGGGCGACCUGGGUCCGGUGUACGGCUUCCAGUGGCGGCAUUUUGGUGCAGAGUACACCAACAUGCAUGCAGAUUACACAGGACAAGGCGUGGAUCAGCUGCAGAAAGUCAUUGACACCAUUAAAAGUAAUCCAGAGGACAGGCGCAUCAUCAUGUGUGCAUGGAAUCCUAAAGACCUGCCUCUCAUGGCGCUGCCGCCCUGUCACGCCCUCUGCCAGUUCUACGUGUGCGACGGCGAGCUGUCGUGUCAGCUCUACCAGCGCUCGGGCGACAUUGGCUUGGGGGUGCCCUUCAAUAUCGCCAGCUAUGCACUCCUCACGUACAUGAUAGCGCACAUCACGGGACUCAAGCCUGGCGACUUUGUCCACACGCUAGGAGACGCUCACAUCUACAUCAACCACAUUGAACCUUUGAAAGUUCAGUUGCAGAGGGAGAUCCGUCCCUUCCCCAAAUUGAAGAUCCUUCGAAAAGUAGACAAUAUCGAUGAUUUCCGUGCAGAGGACUUUGAGAUUGUGGACUACAAUCCCCACCCGUCCAUCAAGAUGGAGAUGGCUGUGUGAGAGAUGUCAUUUGUAAAAAAGACAGUAAAAAAGCUGGAGGAGGAGCAAAGGUUUAUCCGUUAAAAACACAAUUUUACUUGAAGGAAUGAGACUUUACCGGUGUGCUACUGCACAGCAUCAAACUGACAACUAUUUGUAAUAUUUUCACGUCUACAAUAUGUAUAGCAGCAUAUUAAGGCUGUAAGGACUAUAAUAAAUGCAGUGUCAACAGAGUGCAUUUAAUCCAUG